GAUUAGCUUGUAGUAGUAUAGUACGUUUAUUGAACACUAAGCAGCUGACAAACAGACACACGUGGUUACUAACCUAACAGAAUACUUCAUUUUAUCUGGAUAAAAUAGCACGGAAAGGAUUAUUUAUCACACAAACUAGACACACUACUGAACUUUUUAAAUAGAUAAUACAAUCAAACGAAAUGGUAGCGGUAACAUUUUACCUAGCAGUGGUGGUAGCAGUUCUACUUGGCGCUUACAUCAAAUAUUUCUUCCGUCAAAGACGAAAGGGAGAACCGGCGAUCGUUCCGGGGAAUCUUUUAUGGGGAAAUGGGAAGGACUUCGCAGAAAAUGCCGUUAGUUUUAUACACAAAGCGCAAGCUAAAUUUGGAGACAUUUUCACUAUUCGCCUUCUGAACCAGCAUCUGACCAUCAUCGCUGAUCCUCACACAUAUGAACGGGUAUGCAAGGAGAAAAACUUUGACUUUGAUCCUAUCCAGAAACAAGUUAACAAUAAUGUAUUUAGCUUUCGUCUAUUUGAUGCACGCAAAAUGAUAAAAGAAGCCGGCAAGAAGGUUAAAGGACAAUAUCUCGUUUCGAAUAUGGUUUCUUUUUCAAAGCACUUAGAAGGUGCAUUCGAGGACAGCGUCAAUGUUGAUUCGCAAAAUGAAAACGGCUGGAAUGAAGCAGGACUUCGCUCAAUGGCAUCCAAUACGAUGUUCCGGGCUAUUUUCAGAACAAUCUUUGGCAAAGGAAAAGAUGGGGAUGUGUUCGAACCUAACACUGUUUACAAGAGUUUUGAUGCAUUUCACAAGUAUUUCAAUUUCUUGUGGUUGGGAUUGCCGAUCAAGCUCUUUCCAAAUGCUUGUCGUGCUUUAGAAGUCCUCAUCCAGCAGCCGAAUUCAGAAGAAAUCAUGAUGCGCGAUGACGUAUCAGAGUACAUUAAAUUCUCAACAGAGUUUAUGAAAGCAAAUGGUCAAACUGAAACGGACAUAAUCGGACAUAACCUGGUGUUCCUUCAUGUUAAUUACAAUACAUUCCGUGUCACAUUUUGGUUGAUCUACUAUCUCAGCAAAUAUCCUGAAGCAUGCGAAGCACUUCGAAAAGAAAUCGUGGACCUUGUUGAACAUAAAGCAGAAUUCAGCGAUAGUGACGGGCCUGUUGAGAUGGAACUGGAAGACGUUGACAAAUUGCCAGUUUUAAAUAGCAUUGUGAACGAAACAGUUCGGUACACAAGCGGUGUGUUUAUGGUUAGAUCUAUCACAAAGGACACAGCUUUCGAGAUGGAAAAUGGAGAAGUUUUCAACCUUAGAGCCGGGGACCGAGUUGCGAUGUAUCCGCCAGCCAUACACAAGGACCCAGAGAUAUUUGAAGACCCUCUGGAAUUCAAAUACGAUAGAUUCAUUGAUGCAACAUUUUACAAGAACGGACGGGAAUUGAGGAAUCCACUUUUAGCGUUCGGAUCUUUGUGCCCGGGCAAAAAACUAGCAAUUGCACAGGCGAAAUGGUACAUUUUCAAUCUUGCGCAUCAGUUCAAGUUUGAAAUAGCCGACGGACAAUCAUGUGAUCCUGAUGUUCACUAUCACGGACAUGAGAUUUUACCACCAACGAACGACGUGACUAUUUCAUAUAAGAAAAUAGACAAUGUCAAAAAGCUGGAACUUGUGAGAUAGAAAGUGUGACAAAAACAUUUUGGGUCCAAGAAAAUCCCACCGUCUCUGUUCUGUCCUGACGAGAACUUAGUGUGUUGUAAAGAAACUGUGAACAAAUGUUAUAUUACUUGUGUUAAAAUUCUAUUUUUGUAUAGUCACGAUGUUGUAUAUUUAUUUCAUAAUUUAUUUAUUUAUUUAUUUAUUGAAUCACAUUUUGAGAAUGUUUAACGUCUACACCGAAUGGUUGUGACCAGAAAUAUUUAUAUGUGUACAUGAUGUGUAAAUGGUUUAUUUAUUUUUUGUAUAAAUGAUUUGCCAAAAGCGUUGCUAAACGUAUGAAAUACAACUGUGCUUAGAGAAAAAUUUGAUGCAUGUGUGUUGUUACGGGUUAUGUGCAAAUAAUACAUACUCCUUACAAAUGUUAGACCGGGUUAAUUGUUUCGUUUGAAUCCUUCGGGAGUCAGGCGAACGUAACUAAAGCAAUAGCUAACGUUUAGGGAGAUAUCUCAUGCGUUCUUUACAUUGUAUUGAAGUUCUGCAAAAUUUACUUUGAUUUUUAAUUUUGCAAGAAACAUUUUGUCACAUAAACUGUUCAAAAAUAUGUUCAGUACGUACUUUUUAUAUAACUUACUUGCAUUUACAAGAAUCUGCUUUUGUCUUUUACAAGUAAUAUCAAGUACUAUAUUUUUUUUUUGUUUUUAUCAAUUGGUUUUAUCUUACAUGUCAUGAUUGCAAAUAAAAGCAAAAUAUGUUUAACAAUAUUUGUUAAAUGAUCCUGGCAUCGUUUUUCAAGUUUGUUUAAUAAAGACAGAAUGUACUCUAAAUACAGAUGCCGGCAAUGAUUUUGUGCGAUUUGUAAGAAUACGUAAAUUGAAAUUAGCAUUGUGUCUCAUUUAAGCAUAUCAUAACAUAUAUUUAUUAUUUUGAUUGAGAACUUUACCGUAUUUCAGAUAUUACUGCAAAGGAAAAUGCGUAACUGGUAGUUGUACUUUGUUGAAUUCCGGUAAAACUUUACAUGGUAUCUGUUUUAUCACAUAAAGCUUGUGAGAAAAAUCAUUUAGAUUUCAUUUGUACAUACCCAUUUUAUUUAUUGAGUCUUAUUUGGACGCACAAUCUCAAUGUAUUCUUUAUCAUUGUAUUCAUUAUCAUAUAGUUAACACAGCAGUCCAUGUGCAUACCCAAAACUUACAUCAUGUAUUUUACAAACUUAUUUUUUAUUUUUCGCAGAAUUUUAUGUUGAUAAACAGCGUGUACUUACAAGUUAAAAUUAACUGUCAGUUUAAAAUCUAGCCGAGAAACCUCAGUGAUAUCAUUUGUACAGAUUUUCAUUCUAGUUAUAAAUUUUAUAGUUCCAUUUUAGAAGAUAUUAUUUUUUUUUUCAUUCUACUCAUAAAUGAGAAGGUGGGAGUGACACAUCUUAAAUUACAUUGUUGCUAAUGAAAGUGCUAUUUCUUGUUUUUUGACUCGGCUCUAGUUCUGUUAGUGAUAAAAGUGUUGAAUGCUCAUUGUAAAAUACAUAUUUAUUUAAAAAUUCGAGCCUUCUAUUUUCAGUUAUUUUUCAUUUUAUUGCUAAAAGUAAUAAUAAAAAGUAAUAAUCCUAUCAUUAUAGUCAUUGAAUGUUUUUUUUUUCACAUUGAUCAUCAUCAUCAUCAUCAUCGUCAUCAUCAUUAUCAAUAUAAUGAAGAUAAAGUUAUCGUUGUAUGUUAAUUUUGACCACUGGUGCUCUUCUGUCACGCCGAAAAAUGUUUCGGUUUGUUUUGUGAAAAAAAAUAAAAUUUUACAAACUCAUGA